UUCCUUUCCAUCUCAAACAAACUAAGAAGAACAUAUUAGUCUUUUAACUUUUAAGCCAAAUAGAAAUUAACACACUACUACCCUAUACCCUUUGGAAAUUAAGUACCAUGCCCAUAAGAAUUCCCAAUAGACUAAUACAGAAAAAGCUAUGGAGAAUAUUAGGAUUUUUUUCAAGUAUCAUUGGACUCAUUUCUUAUGCAAUAAGCUCUUCUUUCAAUCAACUUUUUGGAAAUUGGAACUUCAUCAAAAUCAUUAUCUACACAGUGGUAAGUUUCAGUAUCACUAGCAUGAUGUUAUUUUUGGAAAAAUGGAAACUUUCAAGGAGAUUCUUGCUAAAAGCUCAUUUAGGUGUUCUUGUUUUGUUACUCGCAUCAUUUUACAGUUUUGUAUCCGAUUAUAAAACUUUGAAUCAAAAACCAGACUUAUUGAGUCUUAUUUCUUGUUCAUCUUUUGCUUUAAUGUGUUUUUGUUUAUCAAGACAAAUUGAUCUUGGUUUUGAAUCUGAUCUUCUUAAUUUCUUCCUUGGAAUGCUUACUAUUCAUUUGAUGAAAAUCAAUUUGAUGUUAUCUAUAAUUGCUGCAAUCUUCUGUUAUUCUCUUAUGGUUCUUCGUUCGAAAUUAGAUUCUCGACACGAAAUUGGAACAUUAAGAGUAGAAGAUGAUGUAGCUAUAGAAAUUGAUGCUGUAGAUAGAAACAAAAAUGAGUUCCAAUCUUUAAGAAGAAGAAUGAAUAAUAAUGAUGGUUAUAAUUGGAAAAGAUAUGAAGAAAAAUUUGCAAAAGGAAGUGAAAAUCAGAGAAGUUACUAUAAAUGUGUGGGGUCUAAUUGUGUUGUGAAGAAAAGAGUUGAAAGAAAUAUUGAUGGUGAAAUUAUUGAGACACUAUAUAAAGGUACACAUAAUCAUUGCAUGCCUACUGAGUCUACAAUGAAGAAGAAUUCAUCAUCUGAAUAUCUUUAUUCACUUUUGCCUUUAGAAACUGGCUCUAUUGAUUUUCCAGAUCAAUCAUUUGGUAGUGAACAAUUGGAUUCUGAUGAAGAACUUUCAAAUUUCUCAGUAGUAUCAGUAUGAAAUGUUGAGAAGGAAGUUGUUUGUAGUAGCUAUUUGAAUCUAGAGUUUGGGGCAUAGUAAAUUACAAAUCCAAUUGGACCAAUUGGAUGGUUAUUUUCCUUUAAGAAAAAACUUAUGUCAAAUUUUUUAUAUAAUAAUUAGAGGUAAGGAAAAUUGUGUAGAUUAAAUUAUGGCCAGUUCCCUCGGCCGGUGUUGGAGUGUUUGGAUUUCCUCAGAUUUCUUGCAUCUUUGCAGCAAAAACGACAUUCCAUCCCAUUGUAAUACAAUUCAGAUUUGGGCUUAA